AUGAAGUGUUGCUCUUCCUGCUCGACUGUGACCUCCUUCAUCUUCGCCUUUGUCUUCAUCUUCAUCUUCCACGGCUUGCCCGUCACUGCUCAACCUCACAGUAUCUGGAACGUUGACAUUCUAACGAGCCCGGGUCCUCCGCCCGACGAAGGCCCUCCCCUCUCCGCCGGUGCUCUGAGAGACAAGUCGAAACUCAAGUACGAGGCUGUUGGCAUUGCUGGUGCCUACAUUGCCUGGCUAUUGCUGACUUUCAUUCUCCUUCUUUUCGUGGGCAAGAGGCUACGUCGCAAGACGCAGACUUCCAACCAAAGUCUGAGCAUGGAGAUCCUCAAGCCUGCUCCGCUUGUCAAUCAGACCAAGAUGGGCCUCGAGCCGCCGUUGAAGAGUCCCAGCAAGAUGGCAAGCCUGAGAUCAUGGGCGUCAGGGGGCAAAUCCCAUACGCGGAUCCCGUCCAAUAUGAGCGCCUCUACCGUCGACGAGCGAAUCCUUGAGGCAGACAAAGCCCGAAAUCUGGAUGAGAUGACCAAACUGUAUGCUGCUGUCAUGGCACACGACGAGCAAUCCCAGAAGGCCAGAAGCAGUGGCCAGAUGUCCCCGAGGUCACCUCAUUUUGCAUCGCAGGACCAUGCACUUCCAACGCCUCGAUCACCCACCCGUCCUCUUACACCAAAGUCUCCUUAUCAUCAAGUCCGGUAUGGGCCCGGCUCACCACGGUCCCUCAUGGAUCCCGUGGAACUACAGCACCUGCGAAAGCCGACUCCAGAAGCCGAGAUCCACGAUGUUGGAUCAACGGCAGGCCCUCUUUUCCAUCCUCUGGCGCCUACUCCCGCGGAAGAUUUUGAAUCGCCCAAAGCGGCGUCUCGAAGCAGCAGCCGUCGGACCAGGAUGUCCGCCCUGUCCAUUCUUCCUGGCCGAUCUGAUUCCGGUGACAGGGUUAAGAAGCGGCCCAGCGCCAUUUCGGUCCGUGGACAGCCCAUCUCGCAGCCACUUGGCUCGGCCACACUUAGCGAUGCUUCGAUCUACUCGGUGGCCACCACCAUGUCCCCACGGCUGUACAACCCGGGCCCUCCUCCGCCCACGCCAGGCCAGAAGUCGGCCAUAGGCUCCGUGCAGGAGAUGGCGAGGAGCCCUGCCGCGGCAACAGCAGCAGGAUCCGUGCGUAGCGCAGCAGCUUCGAACAGUUCCCACAGCCUGCCCUUCCGACAGUUUUACAACGAGCCGACGAAGAGUGCGCCGGCGACCAAGACCACAUUUGUGGAUCGCCGCGAAAGCGUGUUAGGCACAUAUCCCAAGACGGGGGUCCCGCAGACGCCGUACAGUCCUUACAUGCCGUUUACGCCGAUGACGCCGGUCACGCCGCGCACGCUGAUCUCGAAGAAGGAGAUGAAGAAGAACCGGAAGAAGGAAGGGCUGAAGGUGUUGAGCGAGGACGACAUGGUUUUGAGUGACGAGGACAUGUGGGGAGAAAUGAAAUGA